GGCUGACACUGUGGCUUCAUGCUUCGGGGUACAUUCACAAUGGUACUACGCCGUUACGAAAUGCGCAGGCAAUGGAUGCAUCAGAGAUGUCUGGAGUACAUCGGCCAUGACUAUACCUCAGAAUUUCUGCAGUCUCCUCGCGAAAUGCUUCUACGUCUACCGGUUGUGGAUAUUUGGAAGAAAUAAAGUCACGUUAAUACUGCCAAUAUUACUCUUCAGUGCUCUCGGGAUCAGUUACAGUUUUCUCCCCAUAAUGUAUGACAACCACCUCAGCCUCUCCAACCUGGAUCCCUCUUCACCAACAUACCGUUCCCUCCGGUGGCGUUUCCUUUCUUCCACGGUGCUCCUCACCUUUGCGGAUGUCAGCAUCACAAUCGGGAUGUACAUCCUGCUCCGCGCAUCCCGCGAGCGCGCCGUCGGAAGUUCCAAAUCUCUCAUCAAUAAUCUCAUCACCUAUACGAUCGUCACGGGCUUGCUGGCGAUGCUGGUGCAAAUAUUGUACAUCGUUGUGCUCGAAGCAUUUCCGGGAACAUUCCUGUUCCAAGGCGUUUAUUACGUGCUCGGGAAAGUCGAUGUCGCUUGCAUGCUUGCUGCCGUCAAUUGUCGGCAGGCUGUCCAAGCGCGAUUCAACCGAAGCCAGACGUUUCACUCUGAGCCCUCUGAUCAGGUGUAUCUCACCACUGUUAUCGCUCCGCCAGAGACAAUGACUGUGUCGUAUGAAAGCAGAUAG